CAGGUUUUCUUGCUGGUUUCUGAGAAUGCAUUCUAAAAGAAUAAAUACUAGGAUGUAAUAUUUUAUCACCAGUGUCUGAAACUCACUCUGGUUUCAUACUGGACAAGUGCAGAAAUCUGGUGUGGGGCUUGAAUAUAUCAUGACAAUAAACUAAACCUCGAGGUAACUGAAACUCAACUCUGACACUAAUUGUCUGAAAAGGAGUCACUUACCCUCUGUCGCAACCAGUGAUGAGAUGAGCAGUGUGCAUGAAAGGAACGCAAAAUGACGAAAGCGAAUUAAAUCCAUAAUCAUGACAGGAAACCAUCCUGUGCUCAAGUCUAGCCAUACGCUGCGCUCUUACUGCAGAUUGCUCCGUUUCUGCCUCGCAGUAGCGCCGUUGUCAACUCCAGAUCCACUUGAUGCACACUUCUCUGGCUGGAGCACCACCAAGAGCUCCCAUAGCCCAGGAAUAACAAAGACGGCGUGCUGUUCACCGGGGCACAGGCUGGGCUGCACACACCGAGCAGUGACAGAUCACCACAGGGCAGUCUCAUUAGAGAAAAAGAACUUUUCAUAAAUAACACAAUGAAUAAUAAAUAUCACAAUAGAAAUAUUCUAUUCAAUUAAGACCAGUUCCUGAGCCAUUAAUGAAUCAAAUGACGAGCCAACGACUUCACAUUUUACUUAUUUGUUUAAAGUUUAAUAUAGAGCGCUGAGCUAUAUACGUGGUGCGAUUAUUUCAUGACAAAUGAUCAAUUAAAUCAAACUGUUCUUAAAACACAGAAAAUCAAAAAUAAACUCGGAAAUAUUUUUUAAUCUUUACAUUUUUGAUGCUGAGGCGUCAAUAAACGUAGAAACACCCCCAAAUAAAUAAAAGUAUUUCUAUUUAUUUCACUUAUAAUGUUCAAACUACAAACGCACAUCCAGCGCAAUGAACGCGUUCCCAAGGCAACGCAAACAGGAAGUUGAGGAAGCUCUGAGGGGAGCGAAGGAGACAGCUGUGUUAAACGGACACAAGUGGCCGCUCGCUUUUCCGUGUCUCGUCUCCGAGAUGUUAGAGUAACGUCCCCGCCGUGACUCCACGAUGUCCGCAUCAACGAGGGCCAGUUCAGCGCCGAGUUUGUCGAGGCCGGAGCGGACACCGGACACCGCAGUGGCAGAGCUGAAUUUUCAGGUCCCGGUGGUGAGCACCAAGACGCAGCCCGCUGUCAGAGGGCAGAUCGUCCCACACGAACUUCUGCUCAGUCUAACCUCCACUGUGUGCAAGAGGAGAACACCGGGGCAAUCCGCACACGACCGACACUGCGAGAGCUAUGGAAUCAGACGCCCUGAUGCAGUCUGGCAUCAUCCACUCGGACGCAAGAAAUACAAACACUUUCUGGAGCAGCCAACAUCCCUGACAGGAGCUGGCAGGGAUAUUUCUUUCCUGUGUGACGCCAUGGUAACCAGAAAGAAGACAACACUCCUCCCACCAGUUAGUGAAAAGCAGGUCGUUGGUGGCGCGCAGAACUCGUGCGUCUCCGACAGUUUUAUCCCGGAAGAAUUUCACAUAGUGAAAAAUAAAGGACUACGGAGCCUCGAGUUCUACGAGGAUGCAUUCACAGUGCAGCUGAGGGAUGAAGAGCAGAGGCUGCGGGUCCUCCCUUCACUGAGGCCCAGUGGGAGGCUGGAAGCGGUCCAGCUGAUGGGGAUGAUGGAUGACAUGCUGGAGAAGGCUGGAGUGGAUGAGCAGAGCGAGGAGCUGGCUGAGCUUUCACAACUGGAGGGUCUGCUUGAGCUCGUGAAGGUUGAGCAAAAUAUCUACAACAUUGUCUUCCAUGAACUGAUCAGGCAGGUGAGCGUGGGCUGUGCCGAGAGAGGACAGCUGCUUGCCAAACUCAGACAGCGCUACCAGUCGCUGCUGGAUCGAAUCCCGCGGCGCCUGAAGGCUUUGCACACCGAGGUGGUGGCCCAGCGGGCUCUGGAUCGUCGGCUCACAGAGGAGAUCCACCACAUCAAGUUAUCCAUUCAGCAGCUUAGCGUGGAACUUUCUAAAAUCCGGGACCACGAUGCUUUUGUUUCCCACCAGGCGGAGCACGCUCACUGGCAGCUAGCCGAGGCACUCAAACAGACUCGCAUCGACUCAAAUGUGGUCCAGGCUUACCAUCAGCUGUAUGAGCUUCAGAGAGCUCGCCUGGAAGCUCAGCUGAUCCACAUGACCGAAGACAGAGACUGCUGGAGCCAGUUUACCCUCUGCCUCGCCCUGAAGGUGAUCAGUGUGAAGCAGCUGCAUCUGGUCAGUCAGCUGCAUAUCAGUGAGCAAAGCUGGUUCAAGACCGCAGAGCACUGCAUCCUGUUUCUCACAUCUAAGGACACAGAGUGCAUUAACAUUAUCAUGGAGAGCACAGACUACUGGAGGAAGCAGCUGGCUGCUUUCAUGUCCCAGCUGAAGCAGACUGAACAUGCCCACUGUGCACAGAUCAGUGCCAUCCAGCAAGGCAUCAACAAGUGGCUUUCCUUCUGCUCCUCAAAUAAUAAGCUUCCUGAACCCAAAUAUGAUAAAACAUCAGUGGAAGAGAUUCAUGCCGAUUUGCAGCAGUGGUCAAAUAUGUUAGCACUGCUGUGUGAACACUACCAAGGCGAGAAACAGCUGAACUGCCAGCAGACACUUAGUGAACUCGGUAAUAUCCAGGAAAUAUGGCUGAAUAUGAGCCUGCAGCUCUUUAGAAGACACCCUUCAGCUGACGGGGGACCUCCUGAAGGCCAGCACGCCCAGAGAGAACUGGACAAAGAGCUGUGUGAGCUCCUCAGAGAGCUGGACGUUCAAGUGGAUGGAGAAAAUGGGCUCCAUGGAAAUGUGAUGUCACUGCACGGUCUGAUGGAGUCCCGGGGAUCCAAACUUGCCGCGGUGAUUGAAGAUCCCGAAAAGAUGGCCGUCUCUGAUUGGUUAGAGCUGGAGAGAGCGCUGCACAACUGGAAGAGUUUGGCUGACGAAGCUUUUCGGCACUUCUCCAACAAAACGGACAACAAUACACCGGAUACUUCCGCAGAGGCAGAAAAGCUGUUUGACAAAAUCCAGGCGUUUGUAACCAACCUGUCUGACUUCACUGAGGGGGAGAACUUUAGGCUCCAUGAAGAAAUCAGAUCUGUUCACGUGGCUCAGACUCGGUGGAUGUUAGAGCUCUUACUCCUUGUGGUUCCCAACCACAGUGAGGAGGAAAACCAAGAAGAGGAACCCCACCGGUACAUUCCAGAAAUUUCACAGGAAACUCUGGAUGAGGAUGCCCAGAUGCUGGCUGAGAAGCUGGAUCGCUUGUCCAGCUACAUCACCAGUUCGUGCAGCCUGGUCCUGGAGGAGCACCUGAACACGCUGUCAGCUCAGGCUCAGAAUGAGAUGAACGAGUUCAAAAGGCUGCAGAGGGAGUGUGGUGAUUGGGUGGAGACCUGCAGGAUACUGCUCACAGGUGUUAAAGGCGCUCCCGUGGAGCUGCCCGUCACGCCGCCUGCACCUGUUUCCAGCAGUGGCGUCUUGGACUGUCCAGCAGACGGUGCGGAGGCUGUGGGGGAGCAAACAGUUUGUGAGAGCCCUGUGCUGAAUCUGAUCAAUUAUGAUGGAAACGUUGCACAAAGGAAGCUUGGAGCGUGCAGUGUCCAGCUAGACAGGACGGGCGAGCUGGUCGUGUCUCCGGUGACAGACGAUAACCAGAAAGCUUUCAAGGAUCUGACCACAGUAGGAUUACUGCAGCAAGAACUGCAUGAUUCUGAGGUGCGAGUGCAGAUUGCGGAGAAGCGAGCCCUCAAAGCCGAGGAGGCUCUGCAGGAAGCACUGAAGAAGAUUAAAGACCUGGAGAGACAACUGCAGGGUCGCCCCAGUGUGGAGCCCCACAGUACUGAAGAAAAAAACAAAACACCGCCGCCUUCACCGCAGCCAGAAACAACACCAACUCCUCCGAAGAAAACGGCAACCGCAGUCAAACCAACGAGCAGCAGCAGAAAGACCAAGAAAUGCUGAUCGGACCAUCGGACGUCUCUGCUUAUUUAUUUUAACCAGUGUUAAAUACUUUUUUGGUUUACAUGUGAACAGGAGGGAAGUUUAACAAACACAUAAAAACAUCACUGACCAUCGAUGGUACCCAGUUUUUGAGUGUUUAUUCCCAGGCUGAUGAUCGGGGUGUCCAACUCCAGGCCUCGAGGGCCGGUGUCCUGCAG